AUCCUUCGCGGCGCUUGGGACACGACAGUCGUCCGGCGGUUCUUUGGUAAGUUGUGCCGCGCGCGUCCGUCCGGUCCGUACGCCAUGCCUGCCACGGGAUUCGUGAGUCAAGACCCUGUGGCCGAGAAAACCGAACAUGGCGAUCUGUUGUUCGCAAAUUAUGGAACGACUGAAAUGUUGUAUACAGGAGGAUGUGCAGUUAUUGUAUUGGGAAUUUUGAUUGUCGCAAGUCAUAUUUGCGCAAAGAAAAAACUGUUAUGGUUUAAAAACAAAAGCAAACUCCCUACUGCAGCAUCAGAGCCACAUUUGGCGUUUUAUCAUCGAAAGCCGACCACAGCCGUCAAGGCUGUCAAAAACCCAACUGGAUCACAUUAUUUGAAAAAAAGCCCAAGUCCUACAGGCAGCAAGACCCCUGUUGGUGAUGGAAGUAUAAGCCCCACUGGAUCAGAGAAAACGUCUAGACAUUCACCAACUAUAAGCCCAACCUGUGAACAAAAAACUGUGCAGCCACCAACACAUACGUUGUCAGUUGUCCAUGAGAAUGAAACAGAUAAUAAGUUAUCAUCGAAAAAUAAUCAGCCACAAAACGAAACUGGACCAAAUGAUACACCUGGUAAAAUGGGAGUACUUUUUUUCAAACUUCGGUACAAAAAAGACAAAAAAGUUCUUCUGGUCAACAUAAACAAAUGCAUGGACUUAACACCUAAAGAGAAAAAUUCUGGCACUAGCGAUCCUUACGUAAAAUUGCAGUUAUUGCCUGAUAAGGAGCAUAAAGUUAAGACACGAGUAUUGAGGAAAACAAGGAAUCCGGUGUACGAUGAAGACUUUACAUUCUUUGGAAUUCAAACUAAUAAGCUUCAAUCCAUGACAUUGCAUUUCGCCAUACUGAGUUUUGAUCGUUACUCCAGAGACAGCCUAAUUGGUGAAGUUUUCUUUACACUGAAUGAAAAGGAUGUGUUGGAAUCAAUUGAAAAAGAACAAAUUUCUAUUCAGAAGGAUAUCAUACUUCGUAGUGUUAAACAGUCACAAAUCGCCAAUCGAGGAGAAUUAUUGGUAUCUUUAUGUUGGCAACCAGCAACCAGAAGAGUAACAGUUGUUGUGCUGAAGGCUAGAAAUUUACCUAAGAUGGACUUAACUGGACUAGCUGAUCCAUUUGUGAAGAUUAAUUUCUUAGUUGAUGGAACACGUAUAUCAAAGAAACGGACUCACAUGAAGAAACGUACAUUGAACCCUGUUUAUAAUGAAUCAUUUGUGUUUGAUUUGCCUUCGACCGUUGUUGAUCUACAUAACGUGUGUAUUGAGUUUUGUGUUUUCGAUCACGACAGAGUCACUAAAAACGAAAUUAUCGGACGAGUUUUAAUGGGACACCCGGACAAUCCAUCUGUUACCGCCGAACGUCACUGGAAAGAAGUAAUGAAUGCACCGCGAAGGCAAAUUGCCGAUUGGCACAAAUUGGUUGUCUGAACCAUCAACGAACCAAGAAAAAGGAUAUUGCAACAAGAAUAAAUAAUGUUAUCUAUACUCUUCCUAUAAUUUUUGGUUUUGAUUUCCAUUUUGUACCAAAGUUCACCUCUAUGUAUGGAAACAAUCUAUCAUAGUAAUUUCCAAAAUAUACUCUGUACAUUGUCCAAACGUAUAAUUGACAAUAUGGCCCAAUAUAUAUUUAUAUGUCCAUUUUAGACGUUAUGUUAAAUUAAACAUUCAUAGGGCAUGUUAUUGGUAAACAUGAAUCGACAUAAAAUGUGAAGCAUACUGUUUAGUUUUAUUUUAUUAUUGCCGAACCUUUGAACCAGACUAUUGACAAAUACAAACAGGGUGUGUUAAAUGGAAUAAACGAUCAAAUAAGAUAAGAUGAAAAUAAAAAUAUAACAAAAUCGAAUUGUUGAAGAUGGCAAGGUAAAUGUGCAGCCAACAUAUUUUAUCUAACUUAUUAUUAUUAAUUUUUUUUUUUAUCUCAGCCAAUUUAACAUCGCAUGUUUUAUAAUCCAUCUUGUUUAAUUUGUUUUUAAUAUGAAACAGCUUGUGCAUGAGUUAUAACAUUUAGUGUUAUUGUUAAGACUAUAGGUAUGAUGUAAUGUAGGAAGCUAAGUUGUCAUGCAAACAACAUAAUAUUCACCAUGUGCUAUUACACUAUAUAUAUAUAUA